GUCUUGGGGUGCACCCCUUGCCAUCUACCACUUUCUCCAUGCCCACCUACUUUGCGAUGUCAUCAGGGAAAGGCAUGAAAGGUUGGCCGUGCCAGUAUGGACAAGUCUCAUCUCUCCAACCCAAAUGACAUCAUCAUGACAAGCUCAACAGGUCCGUACCCACAGGAAGCCCUGACUCCUCCCCGGCCCUCCCACCACCACUCCUCAUCUUCCUUAUCUUCGCCUUCACCUUCGUCGUCCUCCUCGCCCCUCAAGCCCAAUCAGGUCGGCCAGGUCAUCUUGUACGGCGUUCCGAUCGUGUCGCUGGUCAUCGACAACAACGAGAGACUUUGCUUGGCGCAAAUUUCCAACACGCUCCUCAAAAACUACAGUUACAACGAGAUCCAUAACCGUCGUGUGGCACUGGGCAUCACCUGUGUCCAGUGCACUCCCGUUCAGCUGGAAAUCCUCCGCCGUGCCGGCGCCAUGCCCAUCUCGUCGCGCCGUUGCGGCAUGAUCACCAAACGCGAGGCCGAGCGCCUUUGCAAGUCCUUCCUGGGAGAGAACAUCCCUCCCAAACUGCCCGACAACUUCGCCUUCGACGUGACGCACGAGUGUGCCUGGGGUUGCCGUGGUAACUUCAUCCCCGCACGCUACAACAGCUCACGGGCCAAAUGCAUCAAGUGCUCCUUCUGCAAUAUGUACUUCUCCCCCAAUAAGUUUAUCUUCCAUUCGCACCGCACGCCGGACGCCAAGUACACUCAACCCGAUGCCGCCAACUUCAACUCCUGGCGGCGGCACCUCAAACUUAGCGACAAACACCCAGCUGAUGAGCUGGUUUACGCUUGGGAAGACGUAAAGGCAAUGUUUAACGGAGGAAGUCGGAAGAGGGCCUUGCCCUCCGGGGGCCACUGUCAUCCCAUGGCCCCUAUGAAGACCGUAGGCUCGGUGGUACCUCACAUGAUGGGAGGUGACCUGGGCGCUCAGAAAAGAGCACACUUUGAAGAUGAGGACGACUUGGAAGGAGGUGGUUUAUCCCCCCGUAAGACGCCGCGUAGUUACCCCGUCAUCCCCGUCCCAAGCAAAGGCUUCGGCAUGCUCCAAAAGUUCCCCCCCACUUCGAUUUUCCCAUCUCCUUACCCCUUUCCCGCAUUCAGCCUCUGUCAGCAGAAAAAAGAGGACAGUGACGUUUCGGUGGGACACAAAGGGACGGGGCUGUCGGGUCUUUUAUGGCCCGGACGUAAGGACACUUUUUAUCCGCCCUUUUGCAUGUUUUGGCCCCCGAGAGCAGCAGGUGGGAUCCCGGUGCCCACGUACCUGCAGCCCCAACCCAGCCUCUCCUCCCUGGCUGACAAUCCCUCCAUUCGGCAGGCCUUCCUGGAUCUGUCUGACUCAUCUGAACCCGGAGCUCCGACCGGCAACGGGAACGCUGUCAGUACAAACCCGACCCCCAACAACGGGGCCGCCGCAUGUAGAUCUGCUCUCUUUGAACCCGAUUGUACAAUGGUAACCCCUGACCUCCGGCCUGUGACUUCAGAGAGCUGGCUGAAACUCUUAGAAAACCCCACACUCCAAACCAGGAAGCCAAGCUACGGGUCAGCCUUCCGCCCUGUCAUCAAGGAUGCGGAGAGCAUUGCCAAGCUCCACAGCAACGGCGGUGGCAUCACCGGGGUGACGGAUGAAGACUUGGGGGUCACCGUUGACCGGUCGGACCGCCACCCGCGGCUCUCGCCCAGCAGUAGUUGUAGUUACGGCAGCGAAAGCGGGGGCGAAGGAGAAGCGGAGGGAGGGGAAAGCGAGGAGGACGGGGAGGUGGAUGUGGAGUCCUCCAAGCAGGAAGACGAAGAAGAUGAGGGGGGCUUCGCCGGCCGGCCCCUGCAGACUCAAACAAACCUGUUCCUGCCCGCGGUGAGCAACACUGCCAGGGAGGAUCGGGGGAAGGAAAGGGGGAACGUUGCGGCGUAUCCCACCACUCCCCCUCCCUCCUCUGCGGACCCCAUCCGACAGGAGUCGCCCAGCCUGCCUGCCUCCUCGCCCGCCAGCCUGCCGCUCUCCAGCUCCAGCCCGCCGCACAGAGAAGACCCAACUUACAAAAACGUAGACAAAAACAGAAAUGAAGGACUACCUGCCUACGCUACCAAAGACUCCAUGUCAGAUGAAAACAAAGAGCAGAGCAGCUUCUUUGGAGCUGAGAAUGAGACAUCAGUACCAGCACCGGACUAUUGGAGGGAAAGCUCAGGGGAUCAAAGUCAAGGCGCUGCAUCUCCUGUGCAACUUAAGAAGGAUGUAGAGAAUAUGGAGAAAGAGGAGCUCCAGAAAGUACUCCUGGAGCAGAUAGACUUCAGGAGGAGAUUGGAGCAAGAAUUUCACGCUCUGAAGGGCACAUCCCCCUUUCCUGUCUUCCAUAAUUUCCAAGACCAGAUGAAACGAGAGCUCGCGUACAGAGAAGAGAUGGUCCAGCAUUUACAAAUGAUUCCGUAUGCAAACAUCAUCAGAAAAGAAAAGAUCAGCUCCCAUCUUAAUAAGUAGAGUAAAGCCCGAGUCAUCUUACCUGGAAGGAAGAAGAAUUCUGCAACACCUCCAGCAAAAAAAAAAAAAAAAAA